CUGGGUUCGCCGUAGUCAGAUGACACUCGAAUCCACUCUUCAUAAUUAGGUAAUAGCAUUAUGUUAAACAUUAAAGUCAUGGAGGUUUAUGGCGAUUAUGCAAAGAGAGAAAAAAGCCUAAAAAAGGUAAACCCCUGAGAUAACAAGUCAGAAUCCAAGACACAAGGCACACGCUCCAGCUUUUGUUGUUUCCAAACUCAAACUCAGGUUUGUUCCUAAGAAACACAACACAGUCAUAAAACAUCCUUAAUCAUUACGAAAAUCCACAACCCAAAAAUAUAAAUCGCAUGAUUCUGUUCAAACCCUAAAAGUGGUUUUCAAUCUGGGUUUGUGCUUAAGAAGGGAACAGAGAGAAGUUGAGAAAGAAAGAACAGAGUACCUGUGUUUUUGAUUCUAUUGGAUCAGAAUGGACCAGCAAGGACAUGGACAGCCCACUUCUAUGGGAAUGGUUGGUAGUGGAGCUCAGUUGCCAUAUGGCACAAACCCUUAUCCGCCGAAUCAAAUGACUGGGGCCCCGAAUGCUGGAUCAGUGAUCACAUCAGUUGGGACUCUUCAAUCUCCUACUCAACCAGCAGGUGCUCAGCUGGCACAGCACCAACUUGCCUAUCAUCAAAUCCAUCAGCAGCAGCAACAGCAACUGCAGCAGCAACUCCAGUCAUUUUGGGCAAAUCAGUACCAAGAAAUAGAAAAAGUUAAUGACUUCAAGAAUCAUAGCCUUCCCUUAGCAAGGAUCAAGAAGAUCAUGAAGGCUGAUGAGGAUGUGAGAAUGAUAUCAGCAGAGGCACCGGUUAUAUUCGCCAGGGCAUGCGAAAUGUUUAUCUUGGAAUUGACUCUGCGAUCCUGGAAUCACACAGAAGAGAACAAAAGGAGGACACUCCAAAAGAAUGAUAUUGCAGCAGCAAUUACCAGGACUGAUAUCUUUGAUUUUUUAGUUGACAUUGUGCCUAGGGAGGAUCUGAAAGAUGAAGUACUUUCAUCAAUCCCAAGAGGAACCAUGCCCGUUGCUGGACCUGCUGAUACACUAGCUUAUUGUUAUAUGCCACCUCAACAUGCUCCUCAGGUUGGGUCUACUGGCAUGAUCAUGGGUAAGCCUGUGAUGGAUCCUUCAAUGUAUGCCCAGCAGUCUCACCCUUACAUGGGUCAACAUAUGUGGCCACAGGGACCAGAGCAACAGCAAUCACCCUCAGAUCAUUAAUGGUUGUAGCAUGGAAGCCAAAGAAUAGCGGGAAGACUGGAGGCCUCUAGCAACCAGAAGCUGCCUCUUGAGAUUUCUGCCAAAGACUAGCAGAUUUUCUGUAAAUAAUAUGUUGAAAAGAAUAGCCGAUCUUGAUUGAUCCCUUUUUUCACCUGGUUGUUAUCUUUGCAUUUCUAGUCGGUAAUAUGAUAUUACUCAAAGAUCAUGUAUAAGUAAUAUGUUUGAAAAGAACAGCUUUUUCAUGAUUGAACCCUUUUU